AUGACCCGCACCCUCUGCUUGAGCUCCCUCUUCCUCUUCCUGCUGCUCUCCGUCUCCUCUCCCGCUCGCGCCGAGCCUCGAAGCACCACGGCCUCUCAGCGCAGGACUCCUCGCGCACCAGCCGCCAAGGUGCGCUUGGCGGGCAACUAUGCGCGGGAAGCUUACGAAGGGCGCGUGGAGGUGCUGCACAACAACACCUGGGGCACAGUGUGCGACGAUGAAGUGGACAUCAAACUGGCUAACGUGGUGUGCCGGGAGCUUGGCUACCAGGCUGGUGUCACGUGGGCACACAGCGCAAAGUAUGGAGAAGGCCAGGGUGAGAGCAUUUCCAUAUAUAUUAUUAUAUAUUACCAUACCAUUACCAUGUAUAUUUCCACGCUUUUAACCUUGAGCAUUAGACAUCAGAGCACAACCGCUGUUUUGUGAAUACUGUGAAAUCUGCAUGUCUGCCUUACAACAGGCUUCAUGUAAACUGCACCAAUUAAGACAUCCAAAAUAACCAACAUCAUAAAGUGACAAAGAUAACUUGUUGUGGCCUUGGGAGUCCACGUCUAGUUAAGGUUGCAUGGCAGGCUUGAAGAGCAAAUAUAUGGAGGUAAAAGAGGGCAUUUGUUUCACAAUAAUGACAGCAUUGGCUCGCCAGAGUUGUGCAACACUUGCUGUGGUUUAUGAACAUUCUUUACGGCUGCUUUUAAAUCCAAAUUAAAGAGAAGGUUGAGUGGAUUCAAGGACCAGGAUCUAUAGUACCCUGCCUUGUAAAAUACUGUGUAUCUACAGCUAAACAAGCCGCUGAGGUGCAACCUUAAAUCAGAGGGCCUGUUAAAGUCAAGUGUUAGGUGUGAACUGAUAGAGGCCCUGGUGUGGAUGCAUUGCCCAGCUUGUCUAGUAAAUAAUCAGAGUAAAUACCAAUAAAUGAAUUGUUUGUCCUUUCACAAGGCCCGAUAUGGAUGGAUAAUGUACGCUGUGAUGGCUCGGAGAAGUCCCUGAAGGACUGCAAACACAACGGUUGGGGGGUGAAUGACUGUAAACACUCUGAAGACUUGGGGGUGGUGUGUACCUCUGAGCGCAGGCUGGAUCAGACAGCCAGCAGAGGCCACACCACCAUCAGCAGGUCCAACUACAGCCCUGCACCUCAGUGGCAGGGUCAUGUGACCACCCGUAGGCAUUCAGGGUACGGUUAUUAUGGAAACGGACACCAGCAGGAGACCCCCAGAUAUCAACGUCACCACUUUCAGGUACAGAACUUUAUUACAUCUGAUUAAUUUCCAUGUUUUUCUCAAAGAGACACGUCUCAUUGGAUGUGGUGUUUGUUUCUCCCUUAAGGGUCGCGGGAAGGUGCAAAUCGAGGAGGUCCGUCUUCGUCCCAUCCUCAUGGCUACCAAGAAAAAGAGCCUGAUUACAGAAGGUGUGGUGGAGGUGAGGCAUGCUGGGAGAUGGAGGCAGGUUUGUGACCUGGGUUGGAGUCUCAACAGCAGCCGGGUUGUGUGUGGGAUGCUCGGCUUUCCAGAGGCGACUCAGCACAACGUCAAAACGUACAAGUGAGUAUGAAUCUCUCCCACUUGUGUAAAGUUAUGAAUUUGGAAACACCGGGAUGUUGACUGAAGUUCAGAGGGGCGCCACGCUCUGGUAUUCAUCCCAUUGUUCAGUAAAUAAAAACACAUCCUGAGAGCAACAAAAACAACAGCGGCAUCCUAUAGAGAGUCAUGUUGAGAAAAGGCCUUUCUCGGCUUAUCUUCCUCCUCCAGCCACUUCUCCUCUUGUCCCUCUCUACUCACCCCUCCCUCCUUCAGCCUCAGGACGAUGAUAAAGAGAUCCCUGUCCCCUUUCGACUGCCCUUUCUCUACACCUCUCUCUAGGCAAAUCACCUCUGCUCACCUCAUUACCUCUCUCUCACUCUCCUCCCUGUCUCUCGCUGAUCCUAUCUUCAGCCUGCAGCUCUCAGACAAACAGCCCCACUUUAACUUUUAGAUUCCCAUGCUGAGGUGUAAUAUCACUGCUGAUUGUGCUCUAACUCUCCCAUCGAUACAAUGUGUGAGACAGAGGCAGCUAUUGGAGAGCGGGAUGAGGGUCUUUGCAAAGCGACUUGUCUUAUUGUCAGGACGGUCUCUGCAGGCCAGAAUGAGCCAUGCAUCUGUUCCCUUUCUCUAUCACAGGACGACUACAUGUACAGCAUACUGCCAGUGUGCACGUGUAUGCACUGGGUAUAAAUAUUAUUGAUUUUUUAAUAAUAAAACAGAAAAGAAAUGCACUCAUAUCUGUACUGAAAGGGAAGUCAGUCUGUACUUAAUUUUUUUCUUAAAGCUCCAGUGAGAAGAUUUUAGCUGGUGAUGAAACAGACUCAUAUCAACAUCAUUGUCUCCAAAUGAUCUAUGAAAGCAAGCAAGACAGCAUAAAGAUGGACUAUUUCCAUACAGUUGUUCGUAAUAUCAAAAACUUCUAGUGGGCAGGUAGGUGCCAAAUAAAGAAGAUGAAAGAAAGAAAGAGAAAGAAAGAAAAGAAAGAAGGUACCAUAGUACUAGCCACCAAGCAUCUUUUUAGCUUUGACUAAUUUCUUUAGCAAAGAGACUAAACACAACUCACCUACUCUCUUCCAGCAGCCACUUGUUUGUAGCAAGUAAAUGACAAAGAAAUGAUCAUAAAUGUUCUUCCUUGAGCUGCAGCACCCCGCUGUAGUCCGUAAUGGACUGGCCUGAGGUCUAGCUACAAACAAGUGGCUGCUGGAAGAGAGUGGGUGAGUUGUGUUAAAAAGAUGUUUGGUGUCUAGUACUAUGGCUGGGACCCUAUAUGUCCUGUUGAUGAAGUUAGGUGCUGUUCUGAGCAUUAUUUGUGGCUGUAGAGUGGUGUUUUUGUUGAGGUUUGUUCAUGGCUUCUCAGACCACUGUUUAUUGCUAUCAUGCGGUCGUUACUGAAGUUUGUAUAACUAGAGACGCAAACGGUCGGCAACAUUCAUCUCUCAACGGGGUGUCUAACUCGGUGUUACAGUGUGUUUGACCCUAAAUUAACUUUACGUCGGAAUAUCCCUUUAAUUCCUGGCCUCAUGCUGCACAGUUCCAUUCAAACACCAUGUCAUUAAGACCUGUCAGUCCUGUAGAGUAAUUGUUUUAUGUGGCGUCUUGUGCCCUUUUGACAUAAAUGUCCUCUCCUCCCUCUGAAAGAACAACACUGUCCGAGGUUCAAGGGAAGUUCUGCUCUCGAACCGCAGGAGGACCACACAUUAGCAGAGAAUAACUCUUCUGCUAUUAUAAGACUGAACAGUGUCGGAGCACUUGCUGUCCUCAGCAGCAGGGGGACCCAGUUGGAUCCUGGUUCUGGAAAGCUGCCGGCUUUUGGGUGAUUCACAGUCUGGCUAUUCCCUCUGACUCGACAAAUGACACACAGCAGCAUUUACUGUAGUUGUUGGAGUCCUUGUGCUAAUGAAGUGCUGUAACUGUUGAGAGAGUCAUUUUAUGUAGAAUUUCAUGGACUUGUCUUAGUUUUACUGACUUCACAAACACUCCCUGAUGGAGAACACCCUCUGACUGAGAGGAUUUCUGCAUUGCCCUUGAAUUAAGCCAUCCCAGCUGAACUCUGGGUUAUUGGGAACACUGUGACGCUAUAACUGGAUUCUAUUGUUGGCGCGGAGCAUCAUCAGGCGUCAUAUCUUGGGUAAUAAAAGCUCCUCUGAACGGGGCGGCGUUGAAUAGCCUAGCCUGACUGUACACCACAGUACAGGAUCAUUUAUUAGAGCCCAGCUUCCCCGCAUUGCAGGUGUGAUGCAUUUCAUGGCUUUCUUCGAUUUUCUAUGGCAGCACAGAUCCCCCCCGCUUAAUGCAAAGAAGUGGAGCCGAGGGGGAAAAGUAAUUGUUGAGGGAGGAAAUAGAUUGGGGCAUUUGUAUGGCUGCAACAUAAGAGAUUUGGCUGCUGACCAAAAAGUGAGAUAUGACCACGGGGGGGCGGGGGGCUGCUGUAGCUUGAAGGGCUUGGAGUGAAGCCUGCAGUGAAUCUGCUCAGUGGCUGUUUCAGGAUGUUGUUUCUUAAAUCUUCCUCUAAGGUCAAAGAAAAGAUAGAAUAACACUUCAUGGACUGUUAUGGUUUUCAACCCAAGCCACAUUAAAGAGGAUGAAACUGUUUAUCCGACGUAUGCGCGGCUAAAUGUAGAAUGAAUCGUAGCAACACAUGGCGUUGUGGAUAUUUUUUAUUGUGGCGGUCAUAACUUGAUAUAUCUUGGUGCGCCUGCCCUGAGUUUGACCUGAUGUUUUGCUUUAUCUCAGACAAUCUGCUGGCCUAAACCUCAGGGUGUGUUUGUUUUUCUGGCUGUACCUGUUUUCUUUAUCUCCUUCUAUGCUCAUUUGAUUUCUCUGAGUGUGUUUUCACUUCAUUCUGGUCCAGAUAGUACUCAUGCAUCAUUGUCUCAGCUGCCACACUGCAAAAACAGCCCUACUAGAAAGAAGCAAAAUACUCUUACAUUCAAUCAAAUAAUCUUAUAUCAAGAAAAAAUUUUAUUCCACAAGCAAGCAUGUGGAAAGCAAGCAUGUUCUUUGUUGUUUUGCAGUUUUCAUCUGGUCAUUAUUAGACCAGCCUACUGACAUCUUUAUAGGUCAGAUAAUGUUUGAGGCAGCAGGUUCUGUCAGGUUCAGAUGACCUGCAAUAGAAAUCUGAAUAAAAAAAAAAUCAACUGUUCUUGUUUAAUGGCAUUCUUAAACUGAGAAGCUGUACAUAUGUCUUAAGGUCCUUACACACCGGGAAUGACGCAAAUAUACAACGCGAAAUUAUGAAAUAUUCGGAGGUGAAUUUUAACGGGCCUGACCAUACACAUCAAGCGCUAUGCGAUUUUGCGACUUUGUGACUUUCCGGGGGGAAAAAAGACGUGACGGUCGUUAUCUUUGUAAUAUUUGUGUUUUUUAUCAAAAAUCACUCUGUUCUCCGACACGUAAACAAUCAGCCGGUUGGCCAUGUUGGGUUUACCGGUGUAUCUGACAUUGCAACAACACGAAAUCUGAUUGGUCAGAAGUGGACACACAGUAUGCGAAACUUUUGAAAAAACGGAAAAAUAAAUGCUGCAAUAUCGCAGAAACCGUUGCUGAUGUGAAUGCUUGUAAUGACAGGAUACGAGUUCGAAAAAAAGAUGUCCGAAAUAAUUGCACGCAAAAAACGCUCCCGGUGUGAAAGGACCUUCACUCUUAAAAUGAGACGAAUGAUCUUGUCGCUCCGCUCGAUUUUAUUGUAAAAGAUUUUUCUUCUCUAUUUCUUGUUCAUUCUAUCUCAAAAUUAGCCGGAAUAUCUUCUCAAGAAAAAGUUUGCUAUUUUCUCUGAAAACUAGAUACUUUUUCUAAUGCCAAACAUGCUUGACAAGAUUAAUAUUCUUUUUGUAAAAGAAAGAUAAGACUUAUUUCGCUAAUACAAGGCUGUUUUCCUUUCUUGAAAUUCCUUUUUUUCAGUGUAGAGUUACUUCACAGAAUUUGUUUUUUUAUAUAAAACAGACCGGGAGGUACCUGAAAUACAGGUCAUGAUGUUUCAGCCUUACCUUCGGUGUAAUUGCAAGGAUUGGACUCUGACUGAAAUUGCCACUGUAAUUACGAUUACAAAAUGUGAGCAGAGUCAAAGCUAAACAAUUGUGUUUGAGACGGUAUAAUGUGAAGUUUAUGUAACAUCUUAAACAUCCUUUAACAGCUGACAGGAAAAGUCGGGGUGGAUUGCGAGGUUUUGGCCAAAUUUAGCCGGUGACACUCCCCUCCUGGACUCUCUCAGUCCAUUCUUAGAAAUCCUGGACUGUGCCAUGUCUCUGGGCUCGCUGUGUCUCUUGGAUGAGACUCUGAAGAUGCUGUAAUUACAGGUUGGUCAUGACCAAGGCUCUCCGGGGUUUCUGCUGAGAGUGAAAAAACACCCCCAAUUAUAGCUGUGUGUGUGUGAGAGCGGGACGGCGUUGGCGAGGAAGGUGGAGGAAGAAAGUAGCGAGAGAAAGAAAGAGGAGCUGCAGAGGAGGAAGGAGAGAGCAGCAGUCAGACGAGCCAGGUUUUGGCUUGCUCGUGUGAAAUAUGUCCAAUUACAGCUGCAGUUUGCAGCAGGGCGCGCUGUGUCAGCAGCUGUCUGUCUUUCUCUGUCGCUGUAGUGAUUUGGGGACUUAACCCACUUUUUAUGUUUAAUUAUGUUCCAGACUAAAUUUCCUUAUGACGAGGGUAUCAUUUUCAGGCUUUCGGGUGACAUUUUAGGUGACCGAGUCUGGUUUUCCUGUCUGAUGUCUGUGUGAUCUUCCUCGGUGACUUUCCCUCUAAUUUAUUUCGCCAUCUUUUAAUUUCUGAGUGCAGGACGGAGGCUAUUUUAGCUGUGAGUGAUGACUGGCAAAACUGAGUGGAAGCAGAACGAUUUUUAUCAGAUCUGGUCUGAAUGGAAAUAUUUAACAACUGUUUCACAUGCAAGAUCCUUUUAUAGAUGCUUAAAUCAAGGCAGCAUUAAAAUUUACAAAAUACCUCAUGUUGGCUUCAUACACUGUAAAAAUAACGGUACGUUUAAUCUGGGGUAAUCUUAGCCUGCUUUUUUUCAUCUUUGAUUUAGGGGCACUUUUGAAAUAACAUAAUGAUUAUAACUGCAAAAAAUCAAGUGUUUUAAUGCCAACAUAAGAGCUUAAUGUGCACACUCCAAACUGAGCAGUACUUGGAAUAAAUUAAUGCAUACUUUGUUAUCUUUGUAAAUAGCAUUAUAAGAGUCACUGAUUUUGAUUUUUGCCUAUUUUGAACAGCAAUUGAAGCUGAAAUAACAACCUAGGACUUAACUAAAGGCCCCUUUCUAAAAUGUUUUGUUUUGUGCUACAAAAUAAAUUUUAUUCUAUUUAUUUCUGCAGCUUUCCUCUCUAUUAAACUCUAUUGUUUCAUAUGUAAUAGUUCAUUGUCCCUGUUUAAGGUGUAUGGAGUCUGGUCAAGACGAUCCGAACAUGCAUUUGCAGAAGAAAUGCCCAAAAGCUGAUUUAGUCGUUAUUGAAGUGAUUGCAAAAUAAUAACAGGGCUUGUGUUUGCGUUUGCAAGAGAUAGUUUGAUUUUAUUUUUAACAGCUGAACCCGUAGACACCCGUGUUAAAGCCAGAGAGCAGUAUGAGGGUUAUGAAACCCAAACAGUGGUGUAAUGCUUGCCUUUUAACAGGCGGGUGGGACUCCCUAUCAUUAGUCUCUGCUCUGUUGGCUCCACAGCAAGUGAUGUGUACACUGUUUAGCUAAGCAAAACUACAGAUACUGAGGCAUCAGCACAACAGGUUUGCCUCUCAUAUUUAAGGUUCAUUUACUUUCAUUCAAGACAGGAAAGUCAAAGACGUAAUGACCUUUUCAUUAAUUAUUUGGUGGUAAACUUUUAAGAAUGAAAAACUGGAGUUCAGGAUUUCCAGAGAGAGGGUAGAGAGAGACCUGAGGGUGUAAUUUAGAGCUUGAGCAGUCAUCUCGAAGAAUGAAAAUGGUUGGCUGAUUAGUCCACGAGGUGAGGUCAGAAACGAUCCACAGACACGUUUGCCACAUGGGAAAAUCUGAGUGAACGUGCGUGUUUCUCAUGGUGUCUCCCCACUUUGACUCGCUGCUGCUGCUGCUGCUGUGGGGCCACAUGGUAGACCCAUUUCAAUAUUUUACAAGUCUGAUUCAAGACACUGUAAAGAAUAAGAGUUAAAUCCUAUACAAUGUGUCAGACACAGUUUACAGCGAGUCUCAUGACAUCAAGUGCAGACUUAUUUUGGGGCAUCCCUGUGAAUCAAAUAAAAAGUUGAGACAGUCCUGAGAAGGAUGUUUAAGCAAUAGAACUUUAAUUUAGCACUUUUUUAGCCUUUAAGGAUCGUCUUAGACUGAGGGGAGUCAUUCAAGUAUCUGAAAAUGGAUGUGCAACAUGAUAUUUGAAACGAAAGCCAGUAUUUAUGUGGGAGGUCUCUACCCUCUUCUGGCCCAUUGACUACUAACAGCAUCAGGAAACAGGUUGUUCAGUGACUUUUGGAAAAUGUUCAGUCAGCAGUCUAUGACUUCACACAAACAAACAUCUCCAUCACAUCAUGAGAGUGACAAUGCUUCUCUUGAUCCCCUCAUUCGCAGUUUGUUUUUCGGGCUUUUUUGCUUUACGGCAAUGUCCGGAGUUCAUGACAGAAAAUCAAAUAUUGACCUUUCUCACAAAUAUCCUCAGAUGUGUUUGUUUCUUUAAAGGGCAAUGCCACUAAAUUGCAACAUAGGUCAGUGCAGAUUGUUUUGUGUGUGUGUGUGUGUGUGUCAGUGGCCAAAUGUCAAACAAAAAUCCUGCUGAUGCCAUGCUGACGUGCAGCUCCACGGGUGUUUAGCAUGGAAAUGAGCGUGCUUUGCUGUCACGAACCUCACAUGUUGAUUUUGAUAAAUGUCAGCUCUACAUAUUAAAAUUUUAGAGCCUGGUGAACAGUUUGCACCUUACUCACACAGCUGCCAACACCAGCCGUCUCUGUAUGCAGCUGCUUCAGAGAAGAUUGAGUAUUACAGGUUGUAACGCUCACAUUUCACACUGGAUAGUUUCAAUCUGGACGUCAAGACCAAACGAAAUUAAACCGUCUGAAAUAUCUAAUGGAAGAUUCAACCGCAAGAUUCACUGUUUUAUCAGCCUGCUGUGUGAAUACGGUCAGUGGGCUACAUAUCCUGGACACUUGGUACAAGAUGGUUAAGUGAGCUGCAGUUUAGUGGCUCAAAUCCCAAGUCCUUUUGUCCGCAUCGUAGACAGUGUAAAACAAUGGAAACUUGUCACAAAUUGGUAGUUAAAGGGAUAUUCCGGCGUAAAAUUACUUCAGAGUCAAACACACCAUAACACCGAGUUAGACACCCCCUCGAGAGAUGAAUGUUGCUGACCACUUGCUUCUCUAGUCAUACCGACUUUAGUGACGACUGCACAAUAGCAAUACACAGCGGUCUGAGGAGCCAUAAACAAACCUCAACCAAAACUUUGCCUAAUUUCUUAUGCAAAGAGACUAAACACAACUCACCUACUCUCUUCCAGCAGCCGCUUGUUUGUAGUAAGACCUCGGGCCAGUCCAUUAUGGACUACAGCGGGGUGCCGCCGCUCAAGGAAGAACAUUUAUGAUCAUAAUUUUUUCAUGGAAAUACAAUCAGACUGAGACACUAAGACAGAAGAACUACCGUGUCUGCAGUGUAAAAUGAUAAAUAUGGUGAUUAUUACUUCAAGGAAAUGAUAAAGAAAUGAUCAUAAAUGUUCUUCCUUGAGCUGCGUCACCCCACUGUUGUCAAUGAUAGACUGGCCCGAGGUCUCGCUAUAAACAAGCGGCUGCUGGAAGAGAGUAGGUGAGUUGUGUUUAGUCUCUUUUCUUUUGAUGUUUGGUGGCUAGUACUAUGGCUAGGACCUUAUAUGUCCUGUUGAUGAAGUUAGGUGCUGUUCUGAGCAUUAUUUGUGGCUAUAGAGUGGCGUUUUGGUUGAGGUUUGUUUAUGGCUCCUCAGACUGCUGUGUAUUGCCAUCGUGCGGUCGUUACUAAAGUUGGUAAAACUAGAACAUUCAUCUCUUAAGUGGGUGUCUAACUCAGUGUUAAGGUGUGUUUGACCCUAAAUUAAUUUUACGCCAGAAUAUUCCUUUAAGUGAGCUGCAGUUUGGUGGUUCAAGUCCUUUUGUCCACAUCAUAGAUUGUACAAAACAAUGGGAAUUCGUCACAAAUUGGCGGUUAAGUGAAGGCUAACAAAAUAUCUCUUGGCUAAGAUCCUGACCCUUGUAAUAUCUGUCAGACUGUAGCUUGUGGUUCUGGGAGUGUUUUAGUGUAAUUGAUAUGAAUGUCAGAGAUGCUGUCUGCCCUCUGUAGUGGUUCGGGGACAUACUGGCACAGUCUGUGUGGCAUUUCUGCUUUGUGUGUCAGCCAAGAGCACCAAAGGCUUUCCUCUCCUCUCCUCUGCUCCCUCCAGUCAGCCUUCCUCUUUGGCGCAUCAGUCUUUAUUUGGUUCUGGUAUUUCUGGGAUCUGCUGCGUAGCUCGCUGCCAGAGUUCUUGUUUGUCUAUCGUGUUUGGUCAAACCAUGUUUUCCCUGAAAUGUUGAACAUCACUGAUGUUGAAUGUCACGGUUGUUUCGGGCUGCGUGUGGCUCCAGAGGUUAAAGACCUGGUUGAAAAUAUAUUGUGUUUUCUUAUCCUUUUAUAGUUUGUACAUCCUGUAGUUAUGUACAAACUCUGGCACAUGUUGCAACAAGCUGUGCCCAGGUCUUGUAUUUCAAAGCGUGCAUGUUAGUUUAAAGAGCAAAUGCAUGUGACCUAAUGUAAAGGUGGGGUAUUUAGAUAAAAAUUACCCAGCUGUACAUUCCCGUUGAACGCUCAACCCUGUGUCGAUGAUAGGAAGUACUGUUACAGCUCAGGAACAUAUGAUACACUGGCCAUUAACUCUAAACAUAAACACAGUAAAAAGCAAGCAGCCCACAUUCCAGAUGGAAAUAUGCUGCCGAACCUAUAAAGCAAGAAAAAGGGAGACGCAAAGUGAAGUUUGUAAAAGAGAAAGAGAACAGUACACUCAUCGCCGUCGAUGUACCUAACUUCACACUCACCACAAAGCCACAUGCACAUCUCAUUCUGGUUUUAUAUACACAAGUCCUAUUUGGGGUUGUAUGAUUCAUUUUGUGAUAAAGUCAGCGUCUGAGCUUUAACUAUUUUGAGUCAUCACAAAGUGCUCGAGUCAGACGACUUUUCUAACAUCUCUGUGCUGCUGCUGCUGCUGUGGCAGAUGUCGCUCAUAUGUGGCCGUUUGAACAAGCAGAUGUUACUGCAGAUCCAACCUCACGCAUGAGAGAUUGGUCACCACACAUGAUGACAUACUUGUGUUUGUCACCUCAGUAAACACACAAAAAUAAUCAAGCUAACGUCCAUCUGUGCUUCUGGUUCUUUCGCAGGAAAAUUUGGGAUACCAAGGUUGCAGAUCCUUCAACAAGGUAAAUACAGAACUACUGUUUUUUUUUCUCAUGUUGCCUCAUUUGACCUCACUCAGGUUACUUUUGGACCUUAAGAGUACAGCUUCGUUUAAAGUCUCUGGAAACCGGUUUCCUCACCCAGCCUGAUUUAUGCACAAGAAUGUAAUUGUCAAGGUUAAAACAAAUUUGGUUUGUGUUUUGGUGUUCAAUUAACCCUCGGUUCCUGUUAUUUUAAGCUCCAUCCAGCCUACUUUGUCCCCCAAACAGACAUGAAGAUAAGUACUCAUAAAAUAAUAAUUUUUACACUUUUUUUUAAACUUGUUUUCAACUUAAAUCUCUUAAACAACUUCAGCCCUGAUCAUUAAAAAAUAAUGAUUGGAAAAUUCCAUGUAUUGCCCUUUUUAUGCCAGUUUUUGUGCACCAUGUCACUGCUUAUUUUUAAAGAUAAAAAACACAAAAUUGCCAUAUUUCCCAUUUAGAAUGAUGUAGAUAAUUUUUUUUCACACGGUCAAAAAACUUUUUAUUAAAUGGAAGUCUAUUGUCUGAUUUGCGGACAAAGUAGGCUGGAUGGAGCUAAAAUGCGGCGGUGGAGAACGACAGGUGACAUGGAGAUUUCAAUAUGAAGAAAAAUAAGAUCUCUCACCAAAUUUGAUGUCCCAAUCUUUAAAAACGUGUCUGUCAGCUCAAAAUAAAGAUGAAAAAUAUGACAAAUUUCCUGAAAACCAACAUAGUAGGAACCGAGGGUUAAAGCUCCUGUGAGGAACUUUAAGUUUGGGUCAAUUUUGGCGCCCCCUGUGGACACAGCAGCCUUUGCUUUUCUUCUCCUUUACUUGCCUUAGCAGUGACAUUCCGGUGUUAUAAAUAUAUUUGAUGUUGUUCAAAUGUCGUCGGGGGUUUUUAAGAUGAUUUGACCAAAAGUUUCUCUUCUUCCAGACUUAGUCUGAUGGCAAAGAAGAAGGGAUUCUGGGUCGAGAAAAUUCACUGCCGGGGUAUCGAGAACACCCUGUCAGAGUGCCUUGCUCAGCUGUCAAUCCCCCGUAGUCCCGCCCCUUGUAAGAAUGGACGACACGCCGUGGUCAAAUGUGUCCCAGGGCCUCAGUUUGCCCGCAUCUCCUCAGGAAGACCUCAAGCACCUUAUCCAGUUGUGGUAAGAUUUACGAAGGUCUUCACAAGCACCAUCACACUAUCUUUAUGAACUGCAUGCAGACUGAGUUUUAAUGCCUUUGCUGCCCUUUACAGCCUGUGCGUCUGAAGGCUGGCCCUCGGCUUGGUGAGGGUCGCGUAGAGGUGCUGAGGGAUGGAAAAUGGGGGACCAUCGUGGACCACAUGUGGGAGAGAACUGCAGCCAGCGUGGUGUGCAGAGAACUGGGCUUUGGAACUGCAAAGGAUGCACUGCACGGAGCCUUUAUGGGUCAAGGUAAGAGAAAGAUGAGCUGUCUGUAUCGAACAAUUCAAUCUGGAAAACUCCACAUUUAAUCGAGUCAGUUUCAGUCUUGAUUGUGUUUAUCUUGCGUCACGGUGUUCCAGGGAAGACAAGCAGACUUUUCCAGUGUUUUGGUUUGGUUUUGCUUAUCUUAAGCCGCCGCACCCGUCUGCCCUGACUGAUCAGAUAAUGUAUGGGCAUGUGUGUGUGUGUGUGUUUGUCUGUCUGUGUAUGUUACCUGGUGAAGCUGUAAGUGUGUUGAUUGUAGCAUCUCCAGCUGUGAUUACAUGAAAACUGCCAGGGCCUCCAGCUGCCCAAAUACCGUACACACUUGCCCACACACACACAUACACACACACAUGCACAAACAUAACGAAACACUGUAAGCCACAGCGGUUUACAUUGGCAUUUUGGGACAAAAUUCUCAGACAUGAUCUUGCCAGCUGAGCUUUUAGUUUACUGUGUGAAAACUGAGUCCUGUGGUCGUUUUUCCCUUCGAUUUUAAAUUUUCAGCUUCGGUGAUUCACAGUUUCAGUCACUCUCCAGCUGUGCGAUCGGUGUCCCCACCCUUAGGAUAUGUGAGAACGGCUUCCCCAUGCCUCGGGGUUAGGGUGUAGUCUCUAAUCAUGCUGAUCAAGAUGAAAUGUGGAAUGAUCGUCUGCUGGUUUAGCUGUUCAGUUGAUUACACAAAGGGUGCUUUUCAAAGUGUUGGUUGCCUUUACUUUUGACCUCUCAAAGUGCUUUCUACACUGCAGAAAAGGUGGGUCUAAAAACAAGAAAAACCACUAAAUCUGAGAGAAAAGUGUCCAUGCAGCGAGAUAAUUUCACUUGACAACAUUUCUUGAAUUUGAGAUUGUUAAAUCUAGAAACAAGCAUGUCUACAAAUGUACUUGGAAGGCUUAAAGUAAGACAAAAAUGCUGAUUUUAAUAUCAGAUUAUGAAAAAUUUCACUUUUACAGCCCUAAAAUUAAGUUAAAUAGGCUUAAUAUAAGCAUAAAAUAAGUAUAAAAUGCUGGUUUAAGAUCAGAGUACUUGAAAUUUAAUUUUUACAGCUGUAAAAUAAGUUAAAUUUACUUAAUAUAAGUUUAAGGUAAGGAGAAAAUGCUGGUUUUAAGAUGAGAUAACUUAAAAACUAACUUUUUUACAGCCCUAAAAUAAGUAAAAUGUGCUAAAUAUAAGCAUAAAUUAAGUAUAAAAUGCUGGUUUUAAGAUCAUAGUACUUAAAAUUUAACUUUUAAAGCCCCGAAGUAAGUUAAAUUUACUAAAUAUAAGUAUAAGGUAAGGGGAAAAUGCUGGUUUUAAGCUGAGAUAACUUAAAAACUAACUUUUUUUACAGACUCAAAAUAAGUAAAAUAUACUAAAUAUAAGCAAUUACAUAUUUUGAUUUUUUUCUUUUAGCAAAUUAAGCUUAAGAUUAGUUAAACAAAAAAAUAGAAAUUUGGGGCAAAAAUACCCAGUAUUAGUGAAGAAUGACUAAAACCUGUCUCAAUCCAAGCAGGCUGAUCUUAAAACAAGGUUUACUUAAUCUUAAAACAAGAUUUCCUUUUGAUGAGACUAGAAAUUAUUUUAACAAUCAUUUUUUCUCAUUUGAAGAUUUCCUGCCUAUUUGAGACAAAAAAGAUAAGGUUGUGCUUGAUAUAAGAUUCAAGAGUUAAACACCUAAAAUGAGAAAUUAAGUCUUAAAACAAGAGAAAUUUCCAAGUUUUUUUUGUCUCGGUUAGAACCAAAUAAUUUGCAGUGUACACUUUUCUGUGGGUAACGUCACCCUCGUACCUUCCUCUUUGACGUGUCCAGCAGAACUAAAAUUGAGUUUACUUUGAUUCCAUCGGACUUUACGCUCCCUGUCGUCUGCUUUCUAUCAGCACCUGUAGUUGUUUUUAAAGGUUCAGCUUCGUAAUGGUUCCAGCAGUCUGAGGGAGAGGUGUUUAAUUGUCAGGAGGGCCUGAAAGCUUCCAAUUUCCUGCCUAAAAUAGGUUUCCUCUGAUCCAACCGCAAAGCUGCAUUUUGUGUAUGUGAAAGUCUGGCAGUGUUAACAUGUAUACUGUAUGCUUCAUGGUUGUGCAGGGUCAGAAUUAUAACAUUUAGAUGUGGCUCUGUUCUGGCUGACAAAUAGCAGGUUCAGCACUUACGUUAACCUCAUAUUAGUCCGACUUCAUUCCUAGAAAUGCAGGUUUUCUAUACCGUGCUUUGUGAUUCUUUCAAUUACACACUUCAAGUCACUAUUUUUGUGGCAGUAAAAGAGCCAGCACCUUUGCUUAAUCUGCACCUUUGCAAUCCUGGCCUUGGAUCUACCGUUCUUCAUGCAGUUUUUGGAUUGAAGUUCAGAGUGCACCGUGCUCUAAGAGGAGGAGAGCUACAGACUUGUUAUCAAAGGUUGCACUGAAAAAAGUACAUUUCAUUAAAUUUGAAUAACAUGAAAAAAGUUUGCCUCUCAGUACUUAAUGUGAAAAUAAAAAUUGUGUUAUUGAAACUCAGUUUGCUUUGAUAGUGGUCGGUGUUUCUUAUUCUCUGUGGGGUACAGGUCAGGUGAGUUCGCUGGUCAGUCAAACACUAAAAUAUCACCAUCAGGAGGGCAUGUGGCAGGAGUUUGGUGCUUUGAGCAGGUGCUAAAGGAAGGAAAUCAGAGUCUUCGCAUAGACGCAUGAAGAGCUUUAAAAUCAGAUAGUUGGCUGCUUUGGCUUUGGACUUGAUAAGACACAGUGGAUGAACACCAGCAGAUGUCAUGACACCUCAAGUCAUCACAAACGUCACACUUGACUUCACACAGGUUGGAUUCUGUACCUCUCCGCUCUUCCUCCAGACUCCAGGACCCGAGGAUCAGUGAGCAGCUGUCUUGUUCACUUUCUCCUUCGCCCAGUAAGACUCCUCUGUCAUUAUCUCUCGUUCUGAAGUGUCUUGCAACAGUUGAAGUCCCUUUCCUGCAGACAUCUGUUCACGGUUGGUCUUGAUGCGUUGACACCAGCCACCAUCCACUCCUGAUGGAGCUCUUCCUAAUCUUUCAGGCAGUUGUCAAGCAGAAGUCUCACCCGUGAUCGUGGGUUUCUUGCAUAGAACAAAAAAGUUCAGUGCAAUUAUGGGCCAUAAUUGUCAAAAUUAAAACUGAAAAAUGAUUGAAACACAUUAACAUAAAUACAAAAAUCUAGACUCUUUUGAGUUUUUACUUUCAGAGCCCUUUAGUGCCUUUUGUAUCAUAUUUGAUACAUACUUUUAUUACUAAAAAAACACCUGAACACAGUCUGAUAAAUGAUAAAAAUUUUACUCUUGUGGUUUAUCAGUUUCCAAAAACAUCUGAUGUAUCAAACAAGAUAAAUAAAUAAAUAUAUUUGUUAAAUUUUUAAGACAUUUUGAUUAUUUUUGGUUUUCAGUACUAAGUGAAAUAAACAUUUUAGCUCUAAAAAACGAUAUUCUAAUUUAUCGAGAUGCGCCUGUAUGCCUUUUUUGUGUGUGUAAUCUCUCAUUCACUACACUGGUACCUUAAACUGUAGCGAGAGAGUUAAAUUCAAACCCUUUGCGGCUGUUUGAUGCAUUCAGAUUCAGAGCUGUUUAGUCUCUGAACUAAUGUUGGCUGUGCACAAUAACUGAAGCAUCUGUAGGUCAGCCUGCAUUCAUCUAUAAAUUAAUCAGUGAGUCUUGCAGUCUUUGCUGUCCGGUGCUGUCUAAUACUCCAUUAAAAGCUUCAUUAAAUCCCUGCAGCCAUCUGAAGGCAGAAGGACAUUAUACUGAUAAAUAUGCAGCAUUCAGUGACUGGAGUUCUGCACCACAGCACAGUGCCAUAAUGCACAGCAGUCCAUUGUGUUUACCUUGAUUAAAUUACAUGUUAAUGAUACCGGGCCCUUACAGAAUAUCCACACACAUCCUUCAGAACGGUCAGCUAAGACCUGCUGUUGUUCUGGCUGUUGUGAAAGCAAUGGCGCUCAUCAAGCUUUUAUGACGGUUUGACUCAGCAUGGAGAUGCCUCUGAUUUUCUUGCACUUCCCUGAUUUAGAAAUGGCCCAUAAAGUCACUUCACAUACAUGACAUGAAUACUCUGGUCUUUUUGUCUGUCUCUGAUCUGUACUUUGACAUACUCUCGAACUGCAGAAUAAUUUAACUUCAAAGUCUUCUCACAGCUUCCUUUCUAUAACAUGCAGUCUGUUCAACCUUUUACUGCGACAUAUAAUUUCCCAUGUGUCCCAAGGCCACAUAAACACAGGCCUAUAUGUCGUUGGUUAGGGCUUAAAUUAGACUCUUUGAUAUGAGGAGAAACUCUCACUGAGUAAGACUUUCUCCCUUCUCUGGGGUUUUAUCUGAGGCAUCAUGCAGAGAUAGAGAGAAUUACACUCGCUUUCUGUCGACACACGAGAGAAAAAUCCCUGUGAUUUCCAUCAAACCUGUCAGUGAGAGAGCGUACAAUUAAGGAUGAUCAAAUGUGAUAAAGGUGUUUGACUAACUGCAGGGAGCGGCAGACAGAUAUUCUGGCUUUGAAUGAUCAGAUUUGCUGAAAAACAUGCACAGAUGUUGUUAUCUACAUGUGAGAACAACAGGCACACACUCAUGCAGGAACAAACAUCAUCCACCUCUUGGAGAAGUGAAGUGUCAUUGUGUAACCAAAGUCUGUAUGAAAUAAAUAAAUAGAGGACUGAGCCACCCUGACAUCGCCCAUUGGUUUUUAAACUUCUAUUUUAAAGCCUUCUUCUCAGAAUUUUUACCGUUCCCGUGUAUUUUUGGAACAAAGAAGUGGACCCAUGUGGCGUUUCUCACAGACUGAGUUUUUGUUUGUUUGUUACUACCUCAGCCAGGAGCCACUCGGUGCAGAUCUUGCUGGUCCACACCUCUGUUGAGAGAGUGAGCAGCACUUGAACAAAUUUAACCAGUCUUCUACAUCACAACAGCCUAUCAUGAUUUCUGCAAAGUGAAGGCCAUAACCCCCAAUUUCCACCGCAUCCGGAAAACAGCUACAAAAAGUUUGUAUCCGCCGAUCGCAGCUGAUCGUAACCAUUCAAGUUAACGUGUCAAUUUCCACCGGCUUCUUUCUGUUCUGCUGCGGAUCACCGGACUCCACAGCUGAUCGAAAGAGUUCUAUUUUUUCCAGAUGGUAGAAUAUAGAACAAGUGAAAGGUUUUUAGACGUCAUUUCACCCUGAUGACACCAUGGACGAGGAGAUGCUGAUUUUAGAAGUUUAGAGGUGGAUUUCCUCCUCUGGAAGGACACGAUCUACUGCUUUUAUGGUUAGCUUUUGUGGCUGUCUUUAUAGAGACAACUCGUUAUCGCGCAAUUGCACAUAAAUCUGCGGGUUUUUGGGGGGUCAAGAGCUCGGCUGCAACGAUGAACCUCCUCCAGAGGGAUUACAUUAAAUGGGCGAAGGUCUGCGAUCAAUUUGGACAUUUCACAUGGGGCCCAAUGGGUCCUGACUUCCUUAAGAGCGAGCCUCAAGUGGUCAUUUGAGGAACUGCAUUUUUUUACCUUCAUGUUUGCCCUUUUUAACAUUUUUUUCCUCUAACUUGUAAACCAGCCUGAAAUCCUCAUGGCCAAACAAAGGCCGAGAUGCCAGCUGGCCUCAACUUUCUAAAAGCCCACAGGCAGACGGAUCCUUGUACAAACUAAAAUUAUUUAAACUCUUGGACAAGAAACUGUUCUCUGAUGACAGAUCAGCUUUGUAGGAGGCGUUGAAAGAAAAGUCCCGCUGAAAGAAAAACGACUCGGGCGACAUUAAUGUGUCCAAGAACGGAGUGUAAUUUCAGAGGGAAAGGAAUAAGGUUUCCCUUGUUGUAACCACAAACCAACUAUUUGUGCUAUUCUCAACAAGAAUGUGACCCAUGUUUCUCUGUUUCCAUCCUCGAAAGUCAAUUUCUAAUCUCGCCAAAUUAUUGGUGGCAUUUGCCAGCUCUAAAUAUACGGUGACCAAGCUCAAACUACGUCUAGUGGAUGCAAAAUUUAAGAUAUCUGAUUUAUAAUCCGCCUCAAGGUGACUCUAAAGAGCUGUAUCUUGGAUAUCUUGAAGAGCUCAGGGUCUGAUUGAAGAAAUAUCAAGGAGAGUUAAAGUGAAAAAAUAUUCUGAGCUUUUUCAGACUCCAUCUCCACCCCUCCUACUCUCAUCAUCAUUACGUUUAUCACUACCACCAUCAGAAAGUUAAAUUACAGGGACAAUGUUUAUAUUUCCUUUCUUGACCAACAUUGUUAUUUCACUGUGUAAUUUACCCAUACAUGCUGGGAGCCAUACGUAGAGCAGGGAGUGAAACACCCUAAAGCCUGUGUGUGUAUGUGUGUGCGUGUUAAGUGUGUGUGGGCACUUUCGUGGAAUUUAUUUUGAGUUUUCUUGGAUUUCCUAAACUAAGGUUUAAAUACAGCAUGUCAGAGUGCAUUUUGAACACGGGGCCCUGUGUUUGUCUUGAUAAGUUAAACAGUGGGAAUUCAGAUCCAGUUUGCGGCCUUUACCGUACAGAUAGAGGCAGAAGUGGUUCAGAUGUGUCCUUUUCAUACGUACGAACCCACGCAUGGUGACCAGUAUGGACGCAGGCCUACAAUCUACCAAAACCAACACAGAGACGGAUCCAGUUAGGCUGCAAUCUGGUCCCUGCCAUUUCAGUCGUCUUCCUUUUCACCCAUUCUUUCUUGGUUUUCUUUCCCCCACAGUUUUUCGUGGUUUAGGUCGGGUUUAUUUCAAUUUCACCUCAUUUCCAAAUUUGCAGUUGGUGCCUUUUGUUCAAGACAUACAUCGAAACCAGAGAUCGUGUCGCAGGCAUCAUUAUGGCUGCAGCUGUUUGCUUUUACAAAAUCCUCCACUUAUCCUCCACUAUCUUUUAUGUUGUUCGGAGAUUAUCUCGUCCUCUACAACAAAGUCUUUUAUUUUGUUGACAUAGAUUUAGGCUUGUUGGCUCACCCAGGGUGGUGGACUACACACAAUGUUUUUGUUGUCGUUGCUCCAGCUACAUAAUGGCGGUGAUGAGGUGUGACAGAUCCCUAAAGUAGAUGUUUGUGGCGCUGCUGCUCUGCUUUCGGAGCGUUUUGUCUUUAGAGAUAGGAGCUUUUUAUAGCUGUUUCACACUAAAGUGGAGAAAGCACAUUCAUGUCGUACAAAUCCUUGAAUGAGCGUGGCGUCAUGGACGAAUAAAGUCUGUGAAUGUCAUUGUGUCUACACUGGGUGGCCCACAACUGUGCAAAGGAAAUAAACCCCUACAGUUGUGUUCAUGCCGCUCUGGUUUUCGUCAGCAGAGUCUUUAAUCUACCGCUUUUCCUCCUCUCUCUUCAGGUACUGGGCCUAUCCAUAUGAACAGUGUGCAGUGUAUGGGGUCAGAGCGCUCCAUCCUGGACUGCUACUUCCAAGAUGUCCAACCGUGGACAUUCAAACACAGCCAGGACGCGUCAGUACGCUGUAAUGUCCCCAAAACUGGAAUAGAGAACACGGUAUGGAAAAAGACCAACGACCAUCAGCUUAAAACCAAAACUAUCAGCUUUCACUGAUGACCUGUCACAUCCUUAAUCGCUUUCAGGUGCGUCUUGCUGGUGGUAGGGUCCCAUCAGAGGGGCGGGUGGAGGUGCUGAUGGAGGUCGGGGGUCGUAAACGCUGGGGCUCUGUUUGCAGUGAAAACUGGGGCAUCAAUGAAGCCAUGGUGGUGUGUCGACAGCUCGGCCUGGGCUUUGCUGCCAGCGCUCAUCAGGUAACCCACCGUAACACACACACACACACACACACACACACACACACACACACACACACACACACACACACACACACACACACACACACACACAGCAGCUUUCUAAAAGUCUGUUAAUCUAAAGUGACCAUAUUCUGAAUCCCCAAAAGAGGACACGAGUUCACGUGGGCGAAGUCACAGAGUCACAGAGUCACAGAGUCACACGUAGUUAAUUUUGAGAGUUUUCCAGGUCGGCUCGAGUGUUUUUUACAUGCGACACAAACUCAAAACUUCCAUCCAACCUGACGUGUAAUCUACACAGCAAAGAUGAUGUGGUUCGUAAAACACGUCAAAUGUUGGUUUGAAUAUUUCUACCAUUCUUGUGAGAGGGUUUGUAUCAGAACUAUGAAUGUGCUUCCUCGGAAAUGACGUCAUAUUUAAUUAAUGUUUUUGCCUCUGUAUAUUCCUUCCUUUGAACGUAUCACGCAUGGCAGUGUACACUUGAUUUAUUUUACUUUUAUUUUACUUAUUCAUUUUAUUUGUAUAAGAUGACACCUGAAUCUCUCAACUGUAUAAAUUUGAACUUUUUUUGUCAUGUGCUCUUGUUUUGAUUCUGGAAAAAUUUAAUCAACAUACUAUAUUUAAAAAAAAAACAAAAAAACUCUCAUACAAACAACGCCAGAUAAGGCCGAACAGCCCCCCAAAAAGAGGACAUGUCCGGGGAAAAGGGGAUGUAUGGUCACCUUAGUUAAUCAGUGUUUAAACUAAAGGACACAGCGUCCUAAAUCUGUGCUGCAGUUCAGCGUUUAAAUUAAUUAGCCUGAUUCUGAAAGUGUCAGAUCAGAUCGGUUAUUUGUCCAAAGUCUGUCAAAAUCUCAUCAGCAGCGUCUCAGUUAUUGAUGAGAAAAUGAGCCCAAAGAUGUUUAAACGGAUGAAAACAUGGAGGCUAAUCUAUAGUCACAGCCCCCUGAGUGAUGGUUCAGACGGUGAGCUAUGAGACUGCUCUUCUUCUGACAGGAGACCUGGUACUGGCCGGGAGACCAAAGUGCGGCUGACGUAAUCCUCAGUGGGACUCACUGUGUGGGAACAGAGCUUUCAAUCCAACAAUGUCGGCGCAACAACCACGUGCACUGUCCUCGAGGAGGCGGAACGAAGGCAGCUGGGGUCAGCUGUUCAGACAGUGAGUCGAACUUCUCUCUGUAUCUCCUCGACUUGAAUCUGCUUGACCCCUGACAUAACUUCUGACCUUUCAGCUGCACCUGACCUGGUUCUGGACGCCCAGCUGGUCCAGGAGACAGCCUACCUAGAAGACCGACCUCUCCACCUGCUCACCUGUGCCAACGAGGAAAACUGUCUGUCCUCGUCUGCAGCCAGGAUGAACUGGCCUUACGGGCACCGGCGCCUGCUGCGCUUCUCGUCUCGCAUCAUGAACCUGGGUCGCUCUGAUUUCAGACCCAAAGCAUCAAGAGAGAGCUGGGUUUGGCACCAGUGUCACAGGUCAGUCCUCGCCUAUAAAACGACGGCUUUAACACUUGCUAAAUGUGGAUGUUGUGGUUGUACUUGUGGUUGUUCCAAACAGCUCAAGUGCGGUUUAUAAUGUCCUGAUGCAGGUGAGAUUUUAGAGGCUGUCAAAAAUACUCUGACACCUGUUCCCCUUAGAAAAUAACCCAUUCGUGUAUUAAUGACACAACCCCCUCAGGUGGAGUUAUUUAAGUUAUAUUUAAUUUAAUUGCAUUCAAUUGCUACCAGGAAAGAAAACAGGCUGAGGUGUGAUCCGUGUGCCAGGGCACAUUCAGUUCAGCAUGCAACAUUACAGCAUUCAACAUAAGAAGCUUUGUGCAGCCUUGAAGCAUUUUGUCCAUUAGCUGUAAAUAGAUGAAAUAUUUUCCCUUUUAACACAUUCCAGUCUAAGUUGCACUUUUCUCCCCUGUCAGUGGGUUAGUUUAUACCAGGUGACAGAGGCACUUUCAGGCCUGUCGUCAUGCGAGAAGAAGGAGUCAUUUGAAGCCCACAGUAAUGGCUGUGUAUGAGUUAUGGGUGGCCUGAAACAGUGCUGUCAUCUUUCCAUAUCCAUUCGCCUCCCUGCAGGAAUGACGGCUGGGCCAGUCUAGUAAGUACAGGUCAGGUGUAAUACAAAGGACAGGGUGGCCCAAGCACAGUCGGGUCCACCUCGGUUUGUUACAACACAUCGCAGCUAUGGAUGUGUGUGUCAAAGCCCUCCAUUCAGCCAGAAUGAGUAAACAGCUCAACAUAGCCGUCGCUAAAACAAGCGUCUGUGAGAGGUGUUUCGGUGACACCCACGCUUAUGUUCGAGCGGUGAGGUCAUUAGGCUGCACGCUAUAGGGAGCCAGUGUUCAGCUGGCAUAAAUGCACACACUCAUGGAUGUAAAUACACACACACUCACACACACUCUCUCUCACCUGGAGUUUCCCUUCUGUCGUCCCAGGCACUACCACAGCAUCGAGGUGUUCACACAUUACGACCUGCUGACUCUGAACGGCACGAGGAUCGCAGAAGGACACAAGGCCAGCUUCUGUCUGGAGGACACGUACUGCCCUGAUGGUAACUCUUAGCAUUUAUGAGCCCCCCCGGUGAAAAACUGUGUCCCAUUAGUGACAGGAAAUUAAUAUCAAUAUUUCAGCUGCAGCCAUCGAGAGUGUUACUUCGUGGCUAAUGUAUCAGAUCAGUGCUGUUGUUGUUUGUUCACUCCUCAUUUAUUCCUCGUAUCAGGAGUGAAAUGGCUCAUAUGAAACAGCGACGCUCACAUGUUGUCGAACACGAUUCAGGAAGCUAAAGGCUCUUAGGCAUUAAAUGAGCUCUGCUGUUGUGAUUGAUUAUGUUGUAUGUGUGUGUUAGGACUCCAGAAGCGGUUCUCCUGCUACAACAUGGGAGACCAGGGUAUCUCUGUGGGCUGCUGGGACACAUAUCGACACGAUAUCGACUGUCAGUGGAUCGACGUGACGGAUGUGCGUCCAGGAGACUACAUCUUUCAGGUCAGAGGCCAUUUCACAUCGAUAAUAUCCCCCUGUUAGAAGAUUUGGCACAUUUCAAAGAGAUUUUUUAAAGUCAGAAAACCAGAUUCAUCUUAAACUUUGUGUUUGGGAGAAUAGUUUGGGUUUGCAAAUACUUUGCACAUUAAAAUUUUGGUAAUUUUCUUUGAUGGCAGGUUUGGUUAACCGUCCGAAUUGUUCAGGGGAAAAGAAAUCCAACAAUAGUUUACAAUUCAGAAGUCACAUCUCAAAAUCAUAACCAAUCUUAAUGGGAUAUUCCGGCGCAAGAUUAAUUUAGGGUCAAACACAACGUAGCACCAGGUUAGACUGAACUUCAUCAACGGUACAUAUAGGGUACGACUCAUAGUACGAGCCACCAAACAUCUUUUUAACUUUGACUAAUUUCUUUAGCAAAGAGACUAAACACAACUCACCUACUCUCUUCCAGCAGCCGCUUGGUUGUAGCGAGACCUCGGGCCAGUCCAUUAUGGACAACAGUGGGGUGACGCAGUUCAAGGAGGAACAUUUAUGAUCAUUUCUUCAUGGAAAUACAAUCAGACCGAGACGCUAAGGCGGUAUGAUAAAUGUAAUGAUAAAGUAAUGAUCAUAAAUGUUCUUCCUUGAGCUGCGUCACCCCGCUGUAGUCCGUAAUGGAUUGGCCAACUUUAUGCCAGAAUAUCCCUUUAAGAAAUUGGACAUGCAAAUUGCAAUCUACGUCCCCUAAACUCAGAAAAUGGGAUGAAUUAGAGGAAAAGAAAAGUUGAACAGAGCAUCAUUAUAAAGCUUUAUUAACGUGUUUUUUUGGGGCUGUGGCUCUGGUGGGACAGCAGGUUUUCUCCGCUUCCUGAUUGUGUCUUUUUUCAACAUUAAUCUGACCAACUUCUCAUCUAAAUCUCAUCAAGAAUUAAACUUUUUUUUUCCCUAAAAUACUCCACUUCUCCUUUGGGAUCAAAGAUUCAGAUGUUCAAAGGCUCUUAAAGGUGGACUCCCUCGUGACUGGUUGGGGUUUUCAUCUAUUUUAGUCAAACCUCCUGUCCUGCCUCAUCCCAGUCAUCACCUCAACCACUCCCCCAUCUGUUAUUACUUCCACUCUGGUCAAUCAUUCGAGUCAUUGUGGUGCUACACUUAAACACAUCAAGGGCUCUAUUUGAUAUUAUCCUCCAUCCCCAAUCCAAACAAGUGAUCCCAGCGUGGUGUGCAGCAUCCCCUGAUCUCACGCUGCCAAUUACACCCCACGUUUGUUUCACUGUGCGCUAAUUACUGCCGUUUCUCAGUUUGUCACGAUCAGUCUUUCUAAUUAAACUUUCUUUUUACCCUCCAUUGAUGAUGGUUUUGUUGAAUUUACUUGUAAGAGACACAAAACGCAUGUGUAUAAAUAAGUGUGCUGAAUGGAUGUAUUUUAAGUAUAUAUUGAGCGGGGUAUAAUUACAAAGUUUUCUACUGGUAGGCGGAAAGAUUGAAUGAUAGACGAGGAAAGAAACAGGGUUUAGAUGAAUAAAAAGAGAGAAACUGGAAGAACAACUGAAGAGCGAAAAGGUCAGGGUCAUUUAGGGAGAGGAUUUAGAGACCGAGGCUGCGGAGUGAGGGGAACAAACAUAGCUCUCUUUCUUUUCUCCUCCAUUUAUCUUAAACAGUGAGUUUGAUUUUACAGAGAGGUCCAGGGGUGCUACCCUUGAACCACCCACUGCUAAUGAAACUCACCCAUUACCUAAAUUAACCAUCGCCUCCUUCUGCUCAAACAGCAGCUAAAGUCCCCCCUUCCAUUAGGAACGGCUAAUUUGCCACCAAGGAAUUCCUCCUGCCCUGUUUAUUUUUAUUUUUAUUUUUAUUGCCACUUUCUCACCGAGCGGCACGUUCUGACACCGAAGCCGCUCUCUGAAAAGCCUCACGCUCGCUCCGGUCUAACGCUGUAAUUUGAAAAAAAAUUAAAAGCGAACACUUUCUUGUGUAUUCACCGAGUUCUCUCGAACGUUUUCUCAGCUUAUUUUCGUGUCCCUUUUCCCUUCUUUCCCCCUGUAGCUGUUUGUAACAUGUACUUAAAGUGGGUGUAGCAGUUUACAGAGCAGCUAUUAGAGUAAAUGACUUCUCAGUAUUAUCACCAGGCCAGAUUAAGAGAAAGGUUGUAUCAGCAGUUAUGGAGCUGCUCUGCAAAUAACACACUAUUAGCGCAGUGUACGGCGGCACUCAGAAUGAGAUGGAUCUCAGACAUGCAAACAUACCUAUGUGUAAUAACUCCAUUGCACCAGGCUCUAAUUUAAGUCCUUAUUAUUGCAUACCUGUGCUGGUAUGAGCGGCAGAUUGUCCCCUGCAGGUGUUUUGAUGUAACACAAAAAGUUGCAUAACCUCUUAUAAAGUUAGUUAUCAUGUUUUUUGUGGGGAGAAGUCUCUUUGUAAGAUGUUUUCAUACAACUUGUAAACUUUUUUUUAUGAUGGGCUUUCCUCAAAGGACUACCAGUAUGUUCCAUACACGGUAAAAAGCGAGUGUUUACCACCGCGCGUUAUUCAAUCCAUAUGCUUCGCUGCAGACUAACAAGUGAAUGUCACUCCAGCGUUAAGUCUAUGAGAAAGUCAAGUGUUUUUUUUUAUCUUUCAAAACAGGAAUACUGUAUGGUAAAGUCAUCCAGCUUUUUAUAGAUGAGAAUGGGAUUGACUGUAAAAACAAUAGCAGCCGCAAGUGCAGUUUAAUAACAGGCCCUUUAACAGUUUUACAUGCAAAUCUUCUCCGCUGAAAUGGCUCCCUCGGCGUGUUGAGAGAGGGGAUCCAGGCUUUGUUUGACCAUGUGCCAGUUUGAAGUGCAGUAUAGGAACAAGAAAGUCACAAAUUCUCUCUUUUUUCCUCAUAAAUGGUUGAUGAUGUGAUGAAGUGCACACGUCUCUGCAGGUCAAAAGGUCUGAAACGUCUCCUGCCAUGACAUUGAAUUAAAAUACAGAAUGUCUGAAUUUGCAGGUUGAAGUCAACCCCUCCAUGGACAUGGCUGAAUCCGACUUCAUGAACAACGUCAUGAGAUGUAGGUGCAGAUAUGACGGCCACAGAGCUUACAUGUACGGAUGUCACGCAGGUGAGGAUGGAAAACUGUUAACUCAUUAUUAUUUCUCCAUUUCCACUAAAUUCCUCUGACUUUACACUCAGGAUGGGAAGUGCAAGUGCUGUUUUAAUACUGGACAGCUAAGUGAUGUAGAUUUAGGUUAUCUGAGGAAACUGUAUGAUUAAGUUGAUUUGCAUUAAGAAGAAAAAAAGCUGUGAAAAUACAUUGGCUGGUUAAUUCAGUAGCUUUUUUGAAAUGAGCUAAUUUUAUAGCUCAUUUUAAGUGUUUUAACUAAUCAUAAAUGCUAAGAGUUACCAUCAGGGCAGUACGUGUCCUCCAGACAGAAGCUGGCCUUGUGUCCUUCUGCGAUCCUCGUGCCGUUUUAUCAGUUUUUUUCCAUCUAUAAACAGGGGAGCAGCAUGGCAAAUACCUGGCAAUGAAAGGGUUAAAAUAAUUUAUCAAUGUUUUAUAUCAAUUAUUAGGGCAGAUGUGGACAAAAAAAUUAGCCCAAAAAAGUGCAAUUCAGUAAUAUUUAAGUAUCUUUUUAUAACUUUAUUUGUUAAAUGAGCAUGUUGUGCACAUAGCAAUUUAAGUGUGUUUAGUGUGUGUUUGACAUUUAGCAAAAAUUAAUAAUGCAUUAAUUUCAAUGUUGCAUGUGAUCACUGACAUAUCCCUGGCUCUGAUAACUUAGCAUAAAAAAGUCUCUUUUGCAUGUAGUGUAAUAUAGGUAAUCCAUUUUAUCUGUUUUUUCAUCUAAUAACAGAGUAGCAUCAUGGCAAAUAGCUGGCACUGAAAGGGUUAAAAUAAUUUUAAAUUUAUCAAUAUUUAUAUCAAUAAUUAGGGCAGAUGUGGACAAAAAAAUGAGCCUGAAAAAGUGGAAUUCAGUAAUAUUUAAGUAUCUUUUUAAAACUUUAUUUGUUAAAUGAGCAUGUGAUGCACAAAGCAAUUUAAGUGUGAGUAAAAAACUGCCAUUUUUUCCCUUUUUUUGUUUUCCCACGUUAAACAAACUAACUUCAAAUGUGACAGAAUGCUGAAUAUCUCAUUUUUCUCUGUUGUAGGUGAUGCAUACAGUGCUGAGAUUGAAGACCUGUUCGAGCACCAGAGGCAAAUCACCAACAACUUUGUGUAG